ACUGCUGCGUUCUGACCGGGAGCACCGCGAACCGGGAGUCUGUUGUCAUGACUACUGAGGACGCCAUCUCCGCGAGCUCUAUGUGAACCAAAUUAAAAUAUUCUCCUGAAAUUCAUCACCAACAACCAGGAUAUUUAACUAAGAGCAAUGUGAAACUGCUGAAAGAGGUGAAGCAAAAGCUGUCCAGAAGAAUCUCCAGAACACACAGAAAUUGUUUGCUACGUUUAACAGACAAAUGAAGCCAAGUCCUGACAUGGAGAAACAUCAGCACUCUGUCAAGAGUUUUACUAAACAGAGUGAUCUCAAAAAACACCAGCGCAUUCACACAGGAGAGAAACUGUAUCACUGCUCAGACUGUGGGAAGAAUUUUACUCAACAGAGUCAUCUCAAAAUUCACCAGCACAUUCACACAGGAGAGAAACCAUAUUGCUGCUCAGACUGUGGAAAGAGUUUUAAUCAACAGAAUCAUCUCAAAAAUCACCAGCGCAUUCACACAGGAGAGAAACCGUAUCACUGCUCAGACUGUGGGAAGAGUUUUACUACACAGAGUAAUCUCAAAAAUCACCAGCGCAUUCACACAGGAGAGAAACCGUAUUACUGCUCAGACUGUGGGAAGAGUUUUACUGAACAGAGUAGUUUCAAAAAACACCAGCGCAUUCACACAGGAGAGAAACCGAAUUACUGCUCAGACUGUGGGAAGAGUUUUACUCUACAGAGUACUCUCCAAAUACACCAGCGCAUUCACACAGGAGAGAAACCGUAUUACUGCUCAGACUGUGGGAAGAGUUUUACUCAACAGAGUACUCUUCAAAUACACCAGCGCAUUCACACAGGAGAGAAACCGUAUUACUGCUCAGACUGUGGGAAGAGUUUUACUCAACAGAGUAAUCUUCGAAAACACCAGCGCAUUCACACAGGAGAGAAACCGUUUUAUUGCUCAGAUUGUGGGAAGAGUUUUACUCAACAGAGUAAACUCAAAAAACACCAGCGCAUUCACACAGGAGAGAAAACUCCAUCUUAGUUCAGUUUGAAGGCAAUUAAAAGUGCAAAUCGUAAGUCUUUUCCACUACCACUAGGCCCAUCUGCAUGAAAGAAGAAGUGAAAACACCAGCUGAGGAACUCCAGAGUGUGUUCCCAAAAGUGAGACCCAGAGCCACAGAGAGAGACGACACUGUUCCGGAUACUGCCGUGUGGACUGGAGGAGCAUCCAGACCCGCAGAGAGUCUAACAAAAUCCUUUCCAGAGGUUAAAUAAAACGCUCCAGCCGUAGUUCCCAUACUGAAAUCAACCCCCUCCAGACUUGUGUAGCGCAGUAAGGUUGCAGGCUCAUUCAUUCCCUCUGAUGGUGUUCUCAUUUGUCUAUGGUUCGUUCUGAUUAAAAUCUGUAACCAUAGAGGGAUAUAGAUGGAUAUUUGGUUGUUGUAUUACUCAAGUUUUAUACUCUCUUAUCUUUUCCUUAUUGAAUAUUAUAUGUUGCUUAAGGUUUUUUGAUCUCCAAAAUUUACUAAGAAUAUCCAAAUCAUGUAGUUUCUUAAUUGUUUUUAUCCACUACAAACUAUUAUCUUUGUAUUGCUUCACCUCUAUAUUUACUCAUCUGUGUGUUUUAUUAAACUACUUUUAUAUUGCAGAUCUGCAAUCUCAUUGUGUUUUCUCAACAUAUGUUGGACAUGAAACCUAUAGGCCUGAGAUUGUCUCAUGUUAUUAUUUGUUAAAUACUCAAGG